UCUCUAAGCUCCUCUGCAGAAAAGACCCUCCUUUUAAUCUUAAACCCUUCCGCUGCAAAAUGUAUCUCUUCAAAGCUUUCAUUCUGUCUACGCGUACCAAAGUUCUCCUCAAAAUCCACAAUCCUCUUUACAAAACCCUUUGUCCUUCACCAUCAUUCAUAAUCAGAAGAACCCUUAAUUCCUCUUCCCAGCUACCAACCAAAACCCCACUUUCUCUGUUGUUUCGAGACACUGUUUUAACAGUAAAACCCGCAGGAACUGAAACCCAGAGAAAAGGCGAAAUCAAUGAGUCGGUGAAAGAAUUUAGGAAUUUCAAAGAAAACCCAAAAGGGAAAAAGAAAGAAACAGAGAAAUUAGAUGGGAAAAGACCCAAGAAAUUCAAGUGUUUGGUUGAGUUUAUUGGGGAUGAAAACAAAGAAGAAAAGAUGAAAAAGAAGAUGAAAGCUAAAAGAGAAAGGGAAAAGGUAAGAGCUUUGAAGGGUCUUUCACAGUUAGCUGAGAUUUUCAUCAGGCAUUUGUAUGCAAAAGGGUAUUUUAAGGAGGCUAGUUUUGUGGAAGACAACAAGUUGGAUUUUGGUUACUUUGAGAAUAGUUAUGGCAGGGAUUUUAUCAAGUUUGCUGCUUACAAUUUUGGUAAAGAUCAUCAAGAUAUUGCAAAAUGGUUGCCGGGAAGUCACUUGAAAAAAGUGGUGCUCUUUGGUUGCGCUUCCCUUGAUAAAAAUAAUGUCUUCGCUGCUAAGAGAUUGCGCAAGUUCUUUAAAAUUCAAGAAAACACUGUAUGCAGUCGAUGCAUGUUAAAGGAUUCAUGCGAGUAUGCUAAUAAGAGUGUAUGGGGAAUCGGUACCAACAGUUUGCUUCUGGUUGAUGUAAUGAAAGUUAUCACUUUGUAUGUUUUAGAUUUAGUGCCUGCAAAACUCACCGUUCCGGAUGAGGUAAAAGAUUCAAUCAACCAAUUGUUGAAGGUGGUUAUAAAGUUAAGUCAACCCACAUGCCAAGACUCCUAAAAUGUUCCUACAGGAUUAUAUUUCCAUAUCCAUGUCUGAAUAUGUGCUGGAUAAAUACUCAAGGGAAAAUGAACGUCAAGAGUCGGAGUGACAUAGAUUAUCGAUAUGAUUGCAAGAAAGACGAGCAUAGCUUUUUCUGGUGACAUGAAAGGUGUUCUUUGCAGAGAAGCACAUGUCUAAAGAUGAAUUUUCGAAGCAGAAUACCGAUGACCGAUGUAGGUAUGUAAUUUACAUUCAAUAAAUGACCCAUUUCCUUUGUUGACUGCUUGCAAAUCUCUCAGUAAUCUAGCCACCAUAUCAGAUCAUUCAUUCAAGCCAUUUUAAUCGAGUUUUCCAUCCUUCGGUCGAUCAAGCAUACAAUAGCAGUUCGACUGGUAAACAGUUAGGCACCCCAUAAUCAAACCCGAGAUUUUUUCGUUUUAAAUAUAUUUAUGUUGCUUAUACAUUCUUGUGAUUUAUCUGUGUAUGUUAUCUAGAAAUCAAAAUCUAGAAGAUGGAAUUCAAAAGGUGAAGCACUUGGUUUAUCCAAAGUAGCAAGUUAGAAGAACAGCUUCUUCUUUUUCAUUGAUUAGUUUAUACUUUUGACUUUUGAUGGGAACUGUUCAACUGUUUAUGAUAAAUAUCGGCAAAGUCAACAUGUAGGAUUGUUCUA